CAAGUAGUGAUUAUUUGUCAGGAGUCAUGACUGUCACUAUCAAACGUCAAUGUCAAGUUGAAUUUGUUGAACUUAUUGAUGCAAUUUUGAUUAUUUUGAAGUAGUGGUGCUCUAAUUCUCAGUAAUUUCCCACCUACAGGAAUGGUGGUCGACAAGAGUCCCCUAGGAGGCAACCACCAUGCUCUGGAGCAGUUCGUACUGCUCGCGAAAAGCGCCCGGGGUGCCGGCUGUACGGAGCUAAUCAAGCAAGCUUUAGAGGCCCCCGGAGUGUACGUUUUUGGUGAACUGCUAGACAUGCCCAACAUUCAAGAAUUAGCUGAAUCACCUACAGACAAGAAGUACUUGGAUGCCCUCGAAUUGUUCGCCUUUGGCACCUACAAAGAUUACUUGACAAACAAAGCAUUGCUACCUGAGCUAUCAGCUCCGCAGAGGAAAAAGUUGCAACAUCUGACUAUUGUUACUUUGGCCACAAAAUCAAAACGUAUCCCUUACAACACCUUGCUACAGGAGUUAGACAUCAGCAAUGUGCGUGAUUUAGAAGAUCUCAUCAUUGAAGCUAUCUAUGCAGACAUAGUUCGUGGCAAACUUGACCAGAAGAAUUCACAGUUGGAAGUGGACUAUGCUAUUGGAAGGGACAUUAGACCUAAGGAUAUUGAUGUUAUUGUCAAUUGUUUGCAGGAUUGGUGCUCAUCUUGUGAUGGUGUCCUAGGCUGCGUGGAAUCUCAAAUCCAGCGCGCCAAUUCCGCGCGCAACAAAGCGGUGCAACGUCGCGCAGAUGUCGAGUCUGAGAUAGUGAACAUCAAGAAGGCGUUGAAAGCGCAAAUGCAGGAGCGCGCUGACGGAGGCGGCGGAGGAGCGGGGGGACCAGAGGAGGCUGGAGGGGCCGCAGGAGGAGGCCCAAACGAAGGGUCCCAACAAAGGGACAAUCAGCCGGCUGAUAAGAAAAAGGCCUCGCAGAAGAUUAAAGGGCUGAAGAUAUUGCGUUAGGCUGUUGAUCAAGUGUUUGAAUUUGGAGAUCCCAAGAUUGAAGCUGCUAUGAAUAUUAUGUUUCAAUUUCCAUUGAGUCAUCUUCAAAUGCUUUGAAUUGUCUCCUUUGUUAUUUCAAUGAAUGCAUUUUUUUAUUUAGUUUAACUCCUUCUUAAGCCCUGAUAUUUCUUCUUUCAAUAUAUCUAUUAUAUCUAGUUCAUGUAAGUUAUGUACCUUGGCUCACUCUAUAUAAAAAUUAUCAUAUUGUAUCAUAACGUUAGUUCACAUCGCUGUAGCAUCGUUACCGGAGACGUUGGAAUUUAUCACGCCACCUGUAACUUAACACGUCCGCCAUGCUUCUUCGAAAAGAGUCUGUUUUUUCUUGUUAACUUUAUAAAAACUACUGUAUCCUUGUCUUUUGUAAUCAUAUAGCAAUACACUAUAGGAGUG